AAACAUCCGUGCCCUUCCUUCCGUUGAAGCUUCCUUUUUUUCUUUCUUUCUUUCUUCCACCUUGAGAUGGCGCCAGAUCUGGGCCGGCCGAAACGGUGCCGCCUCGCCUCUCGAUUUUUUUCUCGGCAGGGCACGACAGGGCUCGACGGAGUAUGGGGAUGCGGAGGUGGUUGGUGGUGGUGGUUGGUGAGCUCGACAUGUCGUGGCCUGUGCUUUGCUGAGGUCUGAACGUUUAUAACGGCGGGGCGCCGUCCACCUCGGAAUGCACAUUCACUUCCAUCACGCCGCACAUCUUUCGCACUUCAACGACAAAGAGUCCAACAUCAAUACUAUUACUACACAGCACUCCGCAGUAUCUACAAAGCUGCACGGACAAUCAACAAGACUCGAUACGCAACAAAGAACAAGACACUACACCACAUACACAAACACACAAACAACAUCGCCAUGCUCCUCUCCCUCCCCCUCGAGCUCGUGCUUCUGGUGCUGGAGAACCUCGACCUCCCCUCCCUCGCCGACUUCCUCUCGAUCUCCCCCAGCCUGACCGCCUCCAUCACCGCCAUCGCACCCAGCCUAGUGACCAAGCAGCCGACACUGCUACACCUCGCCGCCUCCCGCAACCACCCCGCGCUCCUCUCGCACCUCCUCACCUUGCUCCCGGCAACCACCCUAGACAGCCGCAAGCACACGCCCCUCUACCGCGCGGCCGAAUCCGGCGCGCUGGCGACCCUCCAGCUGCUCCUCUCCCGGGGCACUGUCGAGCCCGUCCGCCGCUUCGCCUCAGAGACUCCCCUGACCGUCGCCGCGCGACGCGGACACCUCAGUGCCGUCUCUUUGCUCCUGCCCACCUCCGCGGCCUCCAUCGGCAAAGCGCUCAUCGCGGCCUCCGGCGCAGGACAGACCUCCGUCGCCUCGCUCCUGCUGUCUCCCACGCCCCCUCACAGCGUCCUCAGCAGCGCCCUGUGCGCCGCGGCGGCCGCAGGCUCACACGAGAUCCUAUCACUCCUCCAGUCCGCGGGCGCGAAGCCGGGGACUGCGGACGCAGACGGCAGCACGCCGCUGCACCAUGCGGCGCGCGCGGGGCGCACGGAGAUUGUCGCCCUGCUGCUGUGGGGGCAGAAUGUUAAGCUCGAUGCGCAGGACGCGCAUGGCUGGACGCCGCUGCAUUGGGCCACUUUUGCGGGGUUUGAGGACGUGAAGGAGAUGCUGGUCGUCGCGGGCGCGGAUGUGGAGGUGGUUAAUGAUGAUGGUGUGCCCGCGGGGGGGUGGCCGGUUGAGCAGCAGGUGGAGGUGGUGGAGGGGAAUGUGGGCACGGAGGCGGUGGUGACGGAGGGGCGCGCGGUCGAGCAGGCGUGGGUGGUUGCGGUUUCGGCAUAAUGGCUUAGAGAUGGGUUUUGUUUUUCGUACUUUGUGCUAGAUAUUCCUUUUGCUUGUUUCACCGCGGGAGUUGGGGCGCGAUCCGAUCGAUAGAUAGAUAGACAGAUGCUUUGUCUGAGCGAUGAUGCCUUGGUUCAUCCACGAUAGUUACUACAUAACACCUAGAAUACUGAGAAUACCGAGGGUACCAAUCUUGAG